AUGUAUCGAAAUGAUCACUACCGGGUGUACGUGGCUGACAUAAAGAAUAGGAGGACUUUCGUACUUGACACCAUAAAGUCCAAUGCCCGAGUGGCUAAGGAGGAUCACAGACCAGUUGGGAACAUGAUUUCUGGGUAUGCGACGGCGUUCCUCAAAGAGCAGGGGGUCGAUUGUGCAUUGGAUGAGUGGCCAUUCAACAUUGCCGACGUUCCUCAGCAAGAAGGAAACCAUGAUUGCGGUGUAUUUGCAUGCCUUUACAUGGAGCUGUGGGCGGGUCACCUUCCGGUGGAAUAUAAAGCAAGUUGGCACAAGCAACCACAUGUGUAG